GGGCGAGCCGAGUGUCCUUGCGCACGGAGCUGAGUGAUCAUGGUACCUCGAGUGUGGUCGCUGAUGAGGUUCCUCAUCAAGGGCAGUGUGGCUGGGGGCGCUAUCUACCUGGUAUAUGACCAGGACCUGCUGGGGCCCAGCGACAAGAGCCAGGCUGCCCUUCAGAAAGCCGAGGAGGUGGUCCCCCCUGCUGUGUACCAGUUCAGCCAGUACGUGUGCGAGCAGACUGGCCUGAAGAUACCCCAGCUCCCAGCCCCUCCAAAGUUUAACUUUCACAUACGGGACUACUGGAAUUCAGGCGUCAUCAAGGUGAUGUCGGCUCUGUCUGUGGCCCCCUCAAAGGCUCGAGAGUACUCCAAGGAGGGCUGGGAAUACCUGAAGGAGCGAACCAAGUAGCCUGUCAGAGGAGGCUGCCUGCCCCAGGUGGGAACAAGGCACCAUGGACACCAGACUUGGACCCCAUGCUUGAGGGCAGCUCCCAGCCUUGCCGGCUCAAUAAAGGACUUGGAAAUGUU